AUGUUCGGGAAUCAAACAGAUACAAAAGAUGUUUUAAAAUUUCAACAAAAAGUGAAGGAGACAUUAGAAAUAUUUAAAGUUAAAGAAUCUGAACAUAAUUGGGAAAAAUUUAAUAAAGCAUUAAUAGUAUUAAUUGAAAUUACUAGAAAAGGUGUUAUUCAUUAUGAGGAUAUUUUUAUUGAUGGAAUAAAAUUUUUAAGACAACCAAUUGAAAAUUCUUUACUUACAGAUAGAUCAAGAUUAUCUGGCACAGCAAUUAAUUUGAUUGAAGAAAUCUUUAAAGCACUUGGUACAAAAUCUAAAUCAUUAACUGAAAUAUUUGCACCCAGCAUUCUAAAACUUUGCAAUCGUGCAAAUAAAUUGUUUGUCAAAAGAGCAAAUGAUUGUUUGGACACGAUAAUUCGUAAUUCAAAAUCACCAAGUCUCAUUCCAAAAUUUAAAGAAGCAAUGCAGAGUCAAAACAAACAAAUGAGAACUAGUGCUGCACAGUUGACUUCAGUAUUGUUGGAGACUGUUGAUGUUAAUGGAUUGAACCAUCAUUAUAUUGAGGAUUUGGAAUCGAUGAUACAUAAAGGCGCUGCAGACUCGGAGCCAGCUGUAAAGAAUGCAUCCAGAAAAUCUUUUGAUUUUUAUAAAUCAAAAUUUGAUUUUAGAUUAGACAAUUUUGUGGCUAGGCUAUCUCCUUAUGAAAAGAAAAGUCUUGGUAUUAUUGAAGAUUAUCAACAACAGCAGCAACCGCAUUCAAAAAUUUUACGUCAAUCCAUUUCUUUAACAUCCAUCAAUAGGAAUCAAAAUAUUAUUAACAAUAAGAAACAAAAUAUUAACCUUAAUACAAAAGAAAACGUUAAUUUAAAAACAACAGUCGACAAUGUUAAUCUCAUUACAACAAAAGAAAAUAUUAACCUCAAUACAAAAGAUAAUCCACUAUUAUUAGUUGACAAUCUUUUGGAAAAUUUUUCUUUACUUACUGAAGAAACUGAAUUUAAAUCCUUAAUAUCACCUACAAAAAUUCCUGACCCAGUUACACGUGUCACGGAUAAUAAUAAAUUUCAAUCAUCAUCUUCUCUUUCAUCGACCACUAAUGCUAAAAAUAUUAUUGUAGGAAACAAAUCAAAAUCAGUCAAAGCUUCAUCAUCUACUACUGCAGAGCGUAAUGUAACUAGCACAGAUAGUAAACAAAAGAUUAUCAAUAAUCGAGUGUUGAAUGCUAGUAAGUUUCAAAAUCGUAAUGACAGCCAAAAAACUACACGUACAGCAGUAGCAUCAGCAAAUGCUACAACAGCAACAACCAGACCAUUAAAACUUAGUGUUAAAAGAAAAUCAUCAACAGAUUUAUAA